CUGUUGAAACUGCAUUCAAUCGGCCUGUAAGGAAUGUUGAGGAAUCCAUGGGUGCGGUGGUGAGCAUUACACUAGAUUCAAAUUCAUGGAUCCAAGCACAUCGUUAUGUGCUAUUCAAUUGUGAAGAAAUAACCCCAUUUUGCGAUAUACACAUAGCGGAGAUCAAGGCUGGUUUGCCUUUUGAUGUGACUGAUGAUGUUAUUCAAAAGCAGCACAUAGAGGAAUUCUGCAGUUGGUUUAGGGAAUAUACUUUGACACUUGAAAUGGGAAGGCGAAAGACAAAGCUGCGCACUCGUUCCAAGAGUGUAACAUUGGAAAGAGCUUCUUCACAAGAUGUGGAUGAAGUGGGGGACCAAGAAACGCAUGAAGCUUCUACACAAGUUAUGAGUUUUUUACUCAAUAGUUUACCAUUUAUACACAAGAUAUGGGCAUAUGUGCAGCCACCUAUACGUGUCACUUACAGGCCAAGCAAGUACUUGGAUAUUUGGGAUCUUCCCGAUGAAGAAGAAAUUAAGUUGCUGCUAAAUAGUAUGCAUCAGCCGGUUGAUGAUGGGGCGAGGACUUUCACUGGUUUCUUGGGUACGAUUGCGCGGAAACCUCACAUGUGCCCGAUUAGAUUUCUUAAUUGGAAGGACGUAGCAGAAGAAUUUAAAGAAGAGUGUUGGCGUCUUGUAGAGCGAAAAUACAGUGUCCCUGUUGAUCCUAUUGCAUAUGUGGCUCUGAAGACAUUUACCUUACAAAAAAUUGGGAAGGCUUGGAGGGAUCAUAAGUCUAGGUUGAAGAAACAGCAUUAUAUACCUCAUUCAAGAAACAAAGCACGGGUAAAGGACAACAUACCCUCGGGAUGCAUAACACAAUAUUGGGAAAUACUUGUUGAGCAUUGGUAUACUGAUGAUGCAAUGGUAUGUUUAUUUUCUCUCUCUUUUCCAUCAUGGAUCAUAUCAAAAUGAGAAUGAUUAUUGAGAAAUUGAGAGAAUAAUAUUGGAUUGCUUUCAGAUAGGAUUUGUUAGUUUUGUGGACUUUUUGUGAAACUAGUAUAUAUGAGAAGUUGUGUUU